AUUGCUUCUGGACCACGACCAACUGCCGCAGCUGCUGCAUUACUGUCGUUGUCUCCGCCAGAGGUUCAUUUGGUAUUUCUACAAUAAAUACGUUUUCGCUAAAGAAAAAAAAAGAAAAGGAAAAAAAGGUGGCUAAACACUACACGUGUCACCCAUGGCGUCUCCGCUCAAAGUUUGCAUUGUAGGAUCCGGAAACUGGGGCUCAGCCAUUGCCAGGAUCAUUGGAAAUAAUGCAAGGUCAUUGCAACAUUUUGCGACCACCGUGAAGAUGUGGGUGUUUGAAGAAAAUAUAAACGGUCGAAAACUCACUGACAUUAUCAACACUGAGCAUGAGAAUGUCAAGUACCUGCCUGGAUACAAACUGCCUGAUAAUGUGGUGGCUGUUCCUUCGCUUCGUGAUGCUGCUGAGGGAGCAGACCUUCUGGUGUUUGUGGUUCCCCACCAGUUCAUCAGGAAACUGUGCGACGAAUUAGUCGGCUGUGUUCCAACAAAAGCUCGGGGAAUCACUUUAAUAAAGGGGAUAGAUGAAGGACCUGAGGGCCUCAAGCUGAUCUCUGACAUUAUUAGAGAGAAGAUGGGCAUUGAUGUCAGUGUUCUCAUGGGCGCCAACAUCGCCAACGAAGUGGCAGCUGAGAAGUUCUGUGAAACCACCAUCGGCAGCAAAAUUCUGGAGAAUGGCCUACUAUUCAAAGAGCUCUUGCAAACUCCCAACUUCCGGAUCACAGUGGUGGAUGAUGCAGAUACUGUGGAGUUGUGUGGCGCUUUGAAGAACAUUGUGGCAGUGGGUGCAGGUUUCUGCGACGGGCUGCGUUGCGGUGACAACACGAAGGCGGCUGUGAUUCGUCUGGGCCUGAUGGAAAUGAUAGCUUUUGCCAAACUCUUCUCUAAGGAGGACACCGUUUCCACAGCGACCUUCCUCGAGAGCUGUGGUGUCGCUGACCUUAUCACGACCUGCUACGGUGGCCGAAAUCGGCGGGUGGCAGAGGCCUUUGCCACGACAGGCAAGACCAUUGAGGAACUGGAGAAGGAGAUGCUGAAUGGUCAGAAGCUCCAGGGUCCCGCGACCUCAGCUGAGGUCUACCACCUACUCAAGCAGAAGGGCCUGGUGGACAAGUUCCCUCUUUUCUCGGCGGUCUAUCACAUUUGUUUUGAGGGGAAACCGGUCCAGGAGAUGAUCUCUUGUCUGCAGUGCCAUCCAGAGCACAUGUGAUAACUGCAUGGACGUCAGCAAUUUUCCAUGCUAAUCAUUUCUUUCUUUAGCGCGAUGAAACCGCUGUCCUUGGUUAUGCUUCAAGGCAAGUCACGACAGUAUGGUCAAUAUUUGCACUCUGUUGAAGGCUAUUGUAAUUUGAUCAAAUAGUGAAUAUUCCAGUGUACUGGUCAAGCGAUAUUAAACUUAACAUGAAGGAUACUUUCUUUUUUGAUGCAAAGAAAUUUACACAGGAAGGACUCAAGGUAGUAACAGUUGAGAAUAACAUGACUACAUACGAAACUUAACUAACAGAUGAAAAAAAAUACACCUACAGAUGUGGUUUGCUUUUAGUUUUUGUAAGACAUAUUUACUUCUUUUUAUAACAAAUAUUUACUACGCUUUUUAUUUCCUGAAUUGUUUUGUGCAUUUUUACAAGGUAUAUUGCAUUUUGUUAUAAAACAUAAAUCAAGCCUCUGUCAGUCUGCUGCAGUGAGGUGUAUUAUGUGUGAGCCCCCAUUGCACUAUCCAAACCUGCUUUUUGCUUAGACCCUUGAGGUUUUUUUAUUUUUAUUUUUUUAAAGGACAAAUUGUCAGUUAUCACAUGUCCCUUCCAGUACAAUUCUUCCCUCAGGUCUGGAUGAAAGCUAUAAAAUGGCCAAUCUUUGACUCUUCAGCUAGAAAUGAAAUAUUUAAAUGCUUGUUUUGUAGGAAGGUAUUCUCACCUUAAAGCUUUCACAAUGAUGUACACUCCCAAGUUAAUGUUUAAAGUUUGUUUCACAGAAUUGUAGUGUCAGUUGGCCUACCAGAGCUGCUAAUGCUCAUAUGCUCAAGACAACAAAAACUCCAGCUGUUAUUCCACUGCCAGACCGAUGGUGCAUAAUUGUCUUCUGGAUCUCUUUGUUUACAGUAUGUCCUGGACUGAAUAACAACAAAGAAGCCAUAUUGAUUCACAGUACUGAAUAAGAAGUUAUGUAUGAUUUGUCUGUCAUUCAGAUUUGUACGAUAUUUAUAUGCCUUUACUUCUCAGGAAAAUCAGUUUCAAUGUUGCCUAUUGUGAAAAGUAUCUCAAGAGAAAAAAAAAACACAUAUCAUAAUCAACACGGUCCUGAUUGCAUCCCAUUCAGGAGUUUUCGGGAGCUGACUGUCCACUGCUUUCUGUCUGAGGUAUGGCACUAAAACAAUCAUAUAAUGCCUAUCACUCAUUAAGUGUUUGCCUUUAUUACAAAACUGCUCUUACACAUUUUUUUGGUGUGUGUGUUUCAAUAGUCUCCCUGAACAUAUAUGGAACGUAUGCUGCAGAAUAAAAUGUGCAUAUGUACCACUUCUCUGUUUUUGUCACUGUGUGGGUUUUUUUUUCUGCAAUGUAUUUGAUUUGAAUAAAAAGUUAAAAUU